UGAAAUAGGAAAAAGUUUUAAUUAAAUGUUUCCGAGGCUUGGAUCGACCUCUAUGUCAUGAUCGAUUGUAGAAUAAUCUUACCCUUUUAUAACCCGGUAGUGCCUGUAGUGAGAAAGUCAACAUGCCCUAGAUUCGGACAGGGGGGUUUUACCAGUUUUCAGACUGAUUUGUGUCCAGUGUGUUCAAAGAUCGGGGGGCCGUUUUAAUCGGUUGUCUUUAUUUUAGAGCAGGGGACGAGUGAGCGAAAGGGAAAGCGUCUCGGCUCGAAGGAAAAUAACAAAACACAUAAUUUAAUAUGAAGGAGGAAUGGAAGGAAUUUCAGUCCAAGACGAGUGCGGGAAAUGCGGGGAGGUGCACACAGGCCCCUGUGGCCCCCGCACCCCUGAGCACACAGAGGUGCUGGCUGAGAAGCCGCCACAGCUGAGGCGGAAACGUGCUCGCAGUACUCCGAACGUCUUCGAGUGCGAAACGUGCAAAAAGUCAUUCAACUCAAAAGCCAAACUCAUCCAGCAUCGGUAUGUUCACACCGGAGAGAAGCCUUUUGUCUGUGCCACAUGUGGAAAGGGUUUCUCGAGCAAAUUCCGCCUUGUCCGACAUGUCCUCAUUCACUCGGAUUCACCAAAAUAUGCCUGCUCGAUAUGUGCCAAGAACUUCCACAGAAAGGACCACUUGAAAACACACGCCAAAACCCAUGGACGUCAAACACGACUAGACUGUGCCGACUGUGGUAAAUCAUACACGAGUUCGGCAAGUUUCAGGCGCCACCGAGCUUUCCACUCGGCGCAAGGUGGACAUCUCAAGUGUGAGCUUUGCAGAUAUGAGGCGCAAGACAAAGACUCGAUCCUGCACCAUCUCAAGGCUCGCCAUUCUGGCUCGAGGGGUUCACGUGCACAGGAACGAAAACACACUUGCCCCGCCUGCGGCCGUUCCUUUUUCAUGAAGAAAGAAAUGUGGCGUCACACCGUAGUGCACACAGGCAGAAGGGAUUUCCUUUGUCAAUUCUGCCCUCAAGCUUACAGGCGUCACGACCAUCUACUCCGUCACAUCAGAAAGAGGCACAGUGAAGCAGAAAGGCCCGCACGACAAUCCCCCGUGCCAGAAGAGACACCACCUAAAACGGGAUUACUACCAAAUUUCAAAGAUGCUUUUCAGUCCUAAUUAAUAUUAUUCAGUCUUAUCAAGGAAAGUUAGAUGGAACAUUUCUUAAAUAUCUACCAAUUUACAUUUCCUAAUUAAGAAUGUUCCAUAGAUACAACUAAUAUGUUGUUUGAAAAUAAGCUUUUUACCAUAUUUUUUCUUUUCAGUCAAUUUUAAUUUAAAUAGUUUACAACUUUAAUUUGUAAAUCGCUUAUUUUAAUAUUUUGUUUUUUUACACAAUUUCUGGUCAGUGAUUUUCAUGUAUUACACCUUACUAAAGAUCUUUGCCUCACAGGAAUGAUGAAUUUUUCAGAAAUGCAUUGAAUACGUAUGCAAGUUUUGAUUGCGUAUCUUAAUAAAACCUUUAUGACCUUCAAUAAUAACCAUCUAUUGAGUUGUUAUUACUUUAUAAAAUAUGCUAUUAACUGCCAAUUUCAAGUAGAACUGAGAAAAACCAGCAAGGUUAGGAAUAUCCAGCAAUAAUUAAAUAGAUGACAAUUAUACACUUGUCUUCUUUUGUAAUCCAGUACAUCUUCAUUGGCAUAGAAAGUCAGACAAAAAAACACGUAUUAGAAAGUAAUUUUUAAAAAUGGACGCUGUCUAUAAAUCCAUUGUUUUAUCCUAAUCGGUGUUCCUUAUUUACUCUAAAUUGUUUUUCAUUUGGUUUUUCCUUCUCAAAAACUAGUCCCAUUAUAAAUAAUAUAAUGAUAAAAAAAUUAGUUACAUGACAUUUUUACAAUCGCAGUACUUAAAUUUUGUGUAAGUGUAACAUAUAUAAAUCUGCAUUCCAACCGAUUAUCUACCUCAAGUUGUAACUUUUAUAUUAUACAUAAUAACAGAUAAGAUUUUAUUGUUUACAUAUAUGUUGUGGAGUUAUAAGUGGUAUAUGAACAAUUUUAUUUCCAUAGAUUACCAUUUGUCAGAUUUUUUGUUUUAAUUAUGUUUUAAUUUUUAAUUGUAAUAUCCUGAGAGAAAAAUUAGGAGUUACCAUUUUAUUACCUCCUAUAUUAUUCAAUUAUAAUUACUGUUAAGAACUAUCUGUGAUAAUACAUACAUACGUAUAGAAAUAAUAUAUAUUAUAGAUAUAAGGUGUGUAUUGAAAAACUAAUAAAUUAUAAAGUUGGAGGAUUCAAAUUAUGUAUGUAUCUAUACAUAUAUAUUUAUAUAUAUAUAUAUAUAUUAAAUUUAUAUAAGAAUUAAGCUUUAUUUUUUGUUAUAAAACCUAUAUAAACAAAGAUAAAUGUAUAUUACAUAGCCUGUAAUAACUAGGAAUAAGAAUAUAAAGAAAUCAGUACCUGUAUUGUUUUUCUGCUGUACGUAUAUAAUUACAAAAAAGAAAAGUAAAAUACAUAUUUUGGUA